AUGGCGUCUCCGCCGGCGCCAGGACGCGCGGUCCAAACACUAACCCUUCUGCUUGUCAAGGCAACGCGUCACAAGCUCUUACGAAGACUCUGGAGAAAACAGACCGGCCUUUUUCACAUUGCCAACAUCUGCAUCAAGACCAAACCAGACGAGAACCUAUCCGAAGCCUACGCUAUGCAAUUCGUCGGCACACACACAUCCAUUCCCGUGCCCAAGGUGUACUACGCCUUCGUCCAUAAGGGAACAUCAUACAUCGUCAUGCGCCACAUCAAAGGAAAAAUGGCUGGAUUUGACUGGUCAUGCCGCUCGGAGGAAUCGAAAGCGCGAAUAUUGGAACAACUGCGCGGCAUGAUCAGGGAGCUUCGCUCCGUUCCCCCCCCAGAAGGGACACGAGUUGGGAGCAUCGACGGCGGGCCAUUCUGGGACUGUCGUCUGCCAUCACGGGACUACUGGGGCCCGUAUGUCACCGUUGAUGAGUUUCACCAAGCAUUGACCGACGGCAUUCCUUGGGAUAGCGACUGCACCAAGUUCCCUGACCUUGCCGAGCUCUUUGCCUUCUAUCGGCACGCAGACUAUGCGUUGGUUCUGACCCACGGUGACUUGAGUAGCCUCAACAUUCUGGUCCGCGGGGACACCGUCGUGGGAAUAGUAGACUGGGAAACGGCUGGAUGGUUCCCGGCGUACUGGGAGUACACAACUGCGAAAUAUGUCAAUCCUCAGAAUCCAUUCUGGGCGGAUCCCGUCGACCAGUUUUUAACGCCCAUGCCAGAGGAGUGGAGGAUGGAAACUAUUAGACGCAAAUACUUUGGUGACAUUUAA